CUGAUUGGUCGCGAAUGACCUCAUCCUGAUAUGACGAAUAACCAGCAUAUACCUUUGAUCAAAACAUCAGCGAUACACAUUUAUUGUCAGGUAUGAUAAUAUUUGGGACGAUUAAAUAGACUAAAAAGGAAGAUUGUACUGCCAGAAAUGAGCAUGAACGAGAAGACGUCAACAGACUUGGGGAUAUGGUGGUCUGAAGGAUAAUUAUGACGUAACUGGACUUGAGUUCUAGCAUGGCUUGUCUUACUGACAAGUACAUUGUAGGAGAAUGGAUGUACAUAGAGAGUAUUCAUUUGGCAGAACUACUGAAAAAGGGACUUGAAAAGGUUUUAUUGAUUGACAGCAGAUCAUUUCUGGAAUACAAUACAUCAAGAAUCCAACAGUCUGUCAAUGUCUGCUGCUCCAAAUUAACAAAACAUAGGUUACAACAAGACAAGAUAAGCAUCAAGGAAUUAAUGGCCCAGUCAUGCCAUAUUGAAAUAGAAGAUUACAGUGAUAUAGUUGUGUAUGAUCAAUGUACAUCAGAUGUUACCCAUCUGACUGAGGACAAUUUUCUAGUCAUUUUACUCAGGAAACUCAAGAUGAACAAAGUGUUUAAAAGUGUUGCUCUUCUAACAGGGGGAUACUUGACAUUUAGUGCCAUGCAACCAAAAUUAUGUGAAAAUAAAUCUGAGAGAUGUAAAGCUUUGACUUUCUUGUCACAACCAUGCCUUCCAGUGUCUAGUGUAGGACCAACACACAUCUUACCAUUUCUGUAUCUUGGCUCAUAUAGGGAUGCCAUAUCUCAGGACACUAUUCAGGUUAAUGACAUAUCAUAUAUUUUAAAUGUGAGUACUACAUGUCCGCAGCCACCUUUUAUUCAGGAAGGACACUUCUUUCGCAUUCCAGUAAAUGACAAUUACAGUGCAAAAAUGUUGCCAUUCUUUGAUGAAGCAUUCCAGUUUAUAGAUAAGAUACGAGAGUCCAAUGGUUGUGUUUUGAUACACUGUUUAGCAGGAAUAUCUCGCUCACCUACAUUAGCAAUUGCAUAUAUCAUGAAACAUUUGAAAAUGUCAUCAGAUGAUGCGUACAGAUAUGUGAAAGAUAAAAGGCCAACAAUAUCACCCAAUUUUAACUUUCUAGGACAAUUACUUGAAUUUGAGAAGCAAGUCAAGCAUGGUAUUGACCAACACGUUGGACAGUCACUUGACAAUAAACCCAAUAUAAUUGCAAUGGAUUUACAGAAUAGCCCAUCUUCUCCAAGUUUAUCAAAACCUUUUAUAUAUGGCUCCUUACAAGAUUCAUUUUCAAAUCAGUUUAAUGAUAGCUUAUCCAAAAACUUAUUACGAGAUGGAGACACCUGGGCAGAUUAUACACCAAUUAAUGUAAUGUGGGAUAAUGCAAAAGAUUUGUCAAAAUCAAAAACAGAAGGAAAUAAAGAGAAAAUAAACUUCCAUGGUCAUUCAUCAAAGAGUGAAGUUUAUAGUAUAUUAGAGAAGCCUAAAUUUUUGGGUAAUGAUUAUUUGGAUAUUAAAAAAAAAUCUUUCACAUUACUUUCAAGCUCUCCAAAAUCAUCCACUAUAUCCAAACCACCAGUUUCUGUUUCAUCAGACCCAGAAAGAUUAAUGGAUAUUAUAUUACACAAAGACAUUAAACUGGAAUCAUCGGAACAUUCAGUAUGUACACCAUGUUCACUGGAAUCACCUCAGCAUCAGGUUGCUGUAUCACUUACCAAGAGAUCUUGUCAGCAUUCUCUAAACAGACUGAUGGGAGCAGAAUUACCCCAGCAUUUACAGAGGGGUCCAGUUUUCACAGAAUCACGUCAACUUUCAAUUAAGAGAUCAAUUGCCCUGGAAUUGACACAAAAUCCACCUAGUCAACCAUCAUUUUUAGAUUCAGUGAUUGAAUCUUCUACUAUCAGACCAUCUCAACUAUCAGUCAGUCAACCAUCAUUUUUAUUAGAUUCAGUGAUUGAAUCUUCUACUAUCAGACCAUCUCAACUAUCAGUCAGUCAACCAUCAUUUUCAGAUUCAGUGAUUGCAUCUUCUACUAUCAAACCAUCUUCACUAUCAGUUAGUCAACAAUUUUCCUAUGAAUCACCUCAACAUUCAACAGAUCAGUUACAUAACCAAGAAGUACUCCAUCCUCCAUUUAAUCAGUCUUGUCUACCGCAAUCUUCUUAUCUUUCAUCCAGUCAAACCCAGGAAUUACCCUACCAUUCAGAUAGUCAGCAAAGUAUUCAGGAAUCGACUCAACAUUCAGGGAGUCCACCUGUUUCAUUGUCAACAAGUAUUUUUCCAGAAAUGAAGAAAUCAGAAGAUACUUCUGCAAAUUUAACUCCGAAAAGUUCAUAUAUCAUACCAGGAAAAACAAGUAAAUCAAACUUUACGACGAAAGUAUCAACUAAGUGUUUCAGUCUUGCAUUAUCACCUUGUUUGCCAGAUGUAGUUAAAACAAGGGAAAAUAUAACAGACUAUACUUUAUCUGAGAGGAACUGCAAUCUGAAAUCUGUUAUAUCUAAAGACUUCUCCACUCCAAACAUGAUAACUUCUUCAUCCACAUCUCAGAAUGAAGAUCAUUUGUCAUCAUUCAACACGUCAUUCAAUUCAAAGCAGACACUUAUCAAAGACUCACCAACAUUAUGCUCUACUAGUUCAGUAUUUUCCAAUGAGACGUUUCCACCCAUUACAGGUUUUAUUACUUCACAACCAUGUAUUAUAACCACAGUGCAAUCAGGAAUCAAUAGACCUAAGAAACCAGUGUUCAGUUUGGCAUUAUCGAAAAUGUCAUCUGCUAACAUUGAACCUUACCCCAGUAAGGAGAAAAGAGCCAGAGAAAAUGAAAACAAUACCAACUUAAGUUCAUUUUCAAUGUUUGAAAGCUACAAUCAAAUUCAGAAAAAAGACCAGCGUGUAAAUGUUAGUAAACAAAACAAUGAUUCCAGACAAGGAUUAAUAGAAAAUUAUAUUAUCCCUAACAAAAAGAAAUGUACAUCAGAAAUUAUUUCGCCCUCAUCAGCUAUGGCAGGAUUGAAUUUUUCAGAAACAUUGAUGGAUAAACAUCAGAAUUCAGCCAAAGUACUAGACAACUCUAGCAUUGUGCCAUGUUUUUCUAAUGUGUACAGCUCAUCAAGGACUGAAAAUAUGUCUUCUAGUUGUAUUAUACAUGCAGAAAGGCCAGAUAUGAUAUUAGUCUAUCCGCCAGUUUCUAACUUAAGUAGUACCCCAGGUACUUCUUCAACCAGUUCCAGCCAUGUUGUUAAAAGAUCCUAUGAAAAUAGGAUAAAACAUACAAUGGAAAGGCCUAAUAGCAUUGCAUUUUCAAAAUACCCAACAUUUGAUUUAGGAGAUGAUUGUCAGGACUCUGAUGGCUUAAACUCUACAUCACAAGAUGAUACCUCAACCACAUAUAUACUUAAAAAUAAUAAACGUUCAAAACAGUCAGAUAAGGGCUUCUGCUCAGGACACUUUAGUGAAAAAGAAAUAUACAAACAAAUCUCUGCAGCAAUGGGAAGUGCAGUGUUGCAAACGAAAGUAUAUGAAUCAAAUAGAAAAGCUUGUAGCCUUGAUGACAUGUUACAAACUGAGGAACAAAAAUCUCCCGUUCAUUGCUCAUCUUUCAAUAGAUCAGAGUGUAUUGUAGGAAACAAGGAGGGGUGUAGUACAUCAUCUGACACAUAUCGUAGUGAUAGCAGUGGAAGUAGCAGCCAGAAUUCUCUUCAUGGUAGUCGUGAAAUUGUACAAGUGUCAUGAGGGUAGACAUGAGAUCAUUAUGUUAACAUGAUCUCUUUUAGUUUUGAUUACUGUUUUUUUUAAAGUGUUGUUGAAUUUAUUUAUUUUAUAAUGUUUGUUAAACUGUCUUUCCUAAUUGAUUAAUUUAUUUUUGUUUACUCCAAUAAAAAUGUAGACAAUAAA